AUGGCCACCGAUACUACAAGCAAGGCUCAGCAAAUGUCAGGCUUGAGAAUUGCUGUCAAGGACAUUUUUCAGAUCAAGGGCAUGCCGACGUCCGUUUGCAACAAAGCGUACUUCGACUUGUAUCACGACAGGCCCCCUCCAAAGACAGCGGCGUGCAUUGAGCUUCUCACCAACAUGGGCGCGGCCAUCGUCGGGACCACCAAGUUAGCAUCAUUCGCUGCUACGGAAGAGCCUGUCGAGUGUGUCGACUACCAGGCGCCGUGGAAUCCGCGAGCCGACGGUUACCAGUCACCGGCUGGAAGCAGCAGCUGCAGUGGUGCAGCAAUUGGUGCCUAUGACUGGCUUGAUAUUGCAAUUGGAUCUGACACGAGCGGAAGUGGAAGGCGCCCAGGCCAUUGGAACGGGUGCAUCGCUAUGCGGCCGACUCAUGGUGUACUCCCUUACGAAGGCUAUUUUCCAAGCUUCAGGCGGUUUGACAUGCCUACAUUCUCCGGAAGAGAUCUCGUCUCUUGUCAACGGUUUGCGAGACUCUGGUAUGGACAGACUUUGAAUCCGUUCAAGAAAUCAGGCUUUCCCACCGUCAUCUACCCGACCGACUACAUGUCCACCAUCACUAACAAGGCUCAACUGGCGAUCAUUGACGACUUUGUCCACGAUCUUGAAACAUCCUUGGGGAUCAAGCAUGAGACAGUUUCUUUCAAUGAGCUUUGGUCUAAUUGUCCGCCCAAGGCAGCUGGAGGCAUGUCGCUCGAGGGCUACAUGAAAGAUGUCUGCCGGAACUCAUUCUUCUUCGAUGAUUACCACAACUUCGAAUCUUUUCGAGACGAGUAUACCCAACGCUAUGGCAAGCAGCCUUACGUGAGCCCUCCAGUCCGCUGGCAAUUGCACAUGUCCUCGAAAAUCACUCGAGCAGAACGAGAUGUUGCAGUGAAGAAGUUGGACAUAUACAAAGACUGGUUUCUCGACGUUGUGAUGCAACGAGGCAAGAGGGAUACGCUGGUGUUGAUUCCAAUCGAGAACAUUGCGCCUCGGUACCGCGAUUACCCGCCGUUGCCACCUUUCAAUCCCGUCGGUGUACCGAAUUUGUUCCUGUCUCCAAUUCUGGGUGCCCCUGAAUUGACCAUACCAAUUGGAACAACACCGUACGACUCUAAGGUCACCGGCAGAGUUGAGAACCUUCCCGUCGCAAUUUCAAUCAUUGGUGAGCCAAGCCGCGACAUAGAGCUUUUCGACAUCGCUUACAACUGUCUUGAGCAAGCAAGGAGACCAACGGCCGUGAAGGUGGGAUAUGAGAUGUUUUAG